CUCUGGGCAUGGACAAUGGAUACUUUAAGUCUACCAGUGAACGCUGUUUCAUACACUGUGGCAGCUGAACUCUCCGCCACUGAUGAUCCGUUCAGUGCGCCCAUCAGGGACAUCGAGCCGUGGAACUUCACUAUCCUGGCCGUGCUGAUGUUUGUGGUCACCUCGCUGUCUCUGAGCGAAAACUUCCUCGUUAUGUUUGUCACUUUCAAGUACAAACAACUCAGACAACCCCUGAACUAUAUCAUAGUUAAUUUGGCCAUCGCUGACUUUCUGGUGUCCCUCAUCGGUGGAGUAAUAAGUUUCCUGACAAACGCCAGAGGUUAUUUCUUCCUUGGGAAGUGGGCUUGCGUCUUGGAGGGGUUUGCUGUAACUUUUUUCGGAAUCGUGGCCUUGUGGUCCCUUGCCGUUCUGUCCUUCGAGCGAUUCUUCGUGAUCUGCCGGCCUCUAGGGAACAUCCGACUGCAAGCGAAGCACGCGAUCCUCGGUCUACUGUUCGUCUGGACCUUCUCCUUGAUCUGGACCUUCCCUCCGGUGCUGGGUUGGAACAGAUACACUGUAAGCAAGAUCGGAACCACCUGUGAGCCUGACUGGUAUUCAACCAACGUGAUCGAUCACAGCUACAUCAUCACUUUCUUCAGCACCUGUUUCAUCCUGCCUCUGGGAGUUAUAUUUUUCUGCUAUGGGAAGCUCCUGCGCAAACUUAGGAAGGUAUCUCAUGGUCGUCUGACCAGCGCCAGGAAGCCAGAGCGUCAGGUGACCCGCAUGGUGGUGGUGAUGAUUGUGGCAUUCAUGGUGUGCUGGACGCCCUAUGCAGCCUUCUCUAUACUGGUCACAGCUCAUCCAACCAUCGAACUCGACCCCAGGCUGGUCUCCAUCCCUGCCUUCUUUUCCAAAACAGCUGCUGUCUACAACCCAAUAAUUUACGUCUUCAUGAACAAACAGUUCAGGAAGUGCCUAAUCCAGCUCUUUACUGGCACGGGGAGCAUCCCAGACAACAAUCUGAACCAGACCUCAGAGCGACAUGGAAUUACUGCAGAGAGUCAUACGGGAGAAAUGUCAGCCAUUGCAGCCCGCAUCCCUGUAGGAGGCAACGGGUCGCCCAGGUCUGAUGAUUCUCCCACUGACUGUGGCUCGUUGGCCCAGCUGCCCAUCCCAGAGAACAAAGUGUGUCCCAUGUAA